AUGGCUGAACAGGUUGAUGUACUCAUCUGUGGUUGCGGGUCUGCGGGGCUUUGCGCAGCGGUCUGGCUUGCAAGAUGCGGCAUCAGCUACAAGAUCCUCGAGCGCCGAGCUGGCCCGCUCGAGAAUGGCCAAGCAGAUGGUGUACAGUGUCGGACCGUGGAGAUAUUCGAAAGCUUCGGCAUAGCCGAGGACCUCCUUAAGGAGGCAUACCAUGUGCUCGAGGUUGCCUUCUGGGCAGCAGAGGGCGAGGGCAUUAAACGUACUCACUACGCAGCGGACACGGAGCCAGGCUUGAGCCACCAGCCUCAUGCCUGCGAUGGAGCACAUAGCGCAGUUCGGAAAUCCCUGGGUAUUGCCUUGGUCGGAGACUCGUCAAAUGCCAUCUGGGGUGUCAUGGACCUUCACGCCAGAACAAACUUCCCCGACAUCCGGAAAAAGGCAAUCAUCCACUCACGCACCGGCAAUCUCAUGAUCAUUCCCCGCGAAGGUGACUCCAUGGUCCGCUUCUACAUCGAGCUUGGUGAUGCGGUUGUCAAGGACAUCACGCUAGCUGACUUACAAGGACGGGCGCGUCGAAUUUUCCACCCUUACGCCGUAGAAUUCAAGGAGACGGUCUGGUGGUCGGCAUACUCGAUUGGCCAGCGUCUCGCUGACAGCUUCGCCCAGGCCAGGCGCAUCUUUUUAACAGGCGACGCUUGCCACACGCAUUCGCCAAAGGCCGGACAAGGUAUGAAUGUGAGCCUGCAGGACGGCUACAAUAUUGGCUGGAAGCUGGCAUCAGUUCUGCGGGGCCAGUCCUCUGCCAGUAUUCUCGACACAUAUGUCUUAGAACGCCAGAAAACGGCCGCGCAGCUGAUCGAUUUUGACCGAUUCUUUACCAAACUCUUCUCCUCCUCUUACCGACAACAGAAUGGAAUUUCUUCACAGGACUUCAAGGACCAAUUUGUCAAGGCAGGCCGAUACACAGCUGGCCAAGGCGUGAGAUACGAAGAAUCGGUCUUUGUAUCUCCCGGCCCGACGGACGAGAGCCUAGCCCGGGGCGUCAUCGUCGGCAUGCGCUUCCCCAGCGCCCAGGUUGUCCGGUUCUGCGAUGCUCGCCCGAUGCAGUUGGUGGCAGCGCUGCCCGCCGAUUCUCGGUGGCAUGUCAUUGUGUUUUCAGGAGACAUAUUGCAGCAGACAGUAGCCGCCAAGCUCUUCAAAGUCCGUCAGACCUCCGAGUACAAUAAAGAGGUUCUCCGCUAA